AUGAACAAGGCGAUCUACGUCCCCGUCGAGGAGCAGAACGAGGAGGACCGCAAGUGGAUGGCCGAGGCGCUCGCGAUGGCGCAAGAGGCUCUGGAUAACGAAGAGGUGCCCGUCGGCUGCGUGUUUGUGCGCGACGGACAGGCGAUUGCGCGUGCGCGCAACAGGACAAACGAGUGGAGGAAUGCAACCCUGCACGCCGAGCUCGAAGCCAUCGACCACCUCCUUCCCUUCAACCCCCCGCCCCUGUCCGCCAUUACCCUCUACGUCACUGUGGAGCCAUGUGUGAUGUGUGCCAGUGCGCUGCGACAGGUGGGAAUCGGGCGCGUGGUGUAUGGGUGCGGAAACGACCGGUUUGGCGGUUGUGGAAGUGUCUUGGACGUCAGCACGAGCGACAUGCUCGACACACACGCCCCCUUCGAGGCCGUCGGCGGCUUCUACCGCGAAGAGGCCAUCAUGAUGCUGCGCCGCUUCUACAUGAGCGAGAACCAGAACGCGCCCAACCCCAAGAAGAAGGCGUCGCGCGUGCUCAAGACUGAGAUUGCGCCCAUGCCAUCCUCGGCCACCGCGUCGUCGGCCACCACACCGGCAAGUUCCCGCUCGACGUCGGUCGCCCCCGGCGACAAGCUCUUGCCACUGCCCAUGCCGAUCGGGGGCACGCUCGUGUCCACCCCGCGCGGGAUGACCCCGGCGCCGGGAGGACAGCAGUAA